AUGCAGGACCACAUUUUGCAGCCAAUUUCGCUUCACCAUUAUUGCUACUGUCACAAGUAUAUAAAGAGCAUAUGUCGCCACGAUAUUGUCGAAUAUCACAAUCAUUACAAAUACAAUAACAUAAUGUCUGACGCUGGAAGAAAAUCAUUCACUGACAAGGUCUCUGAGACUGUCACCCCAGACUCUCAAAAGUCUACCUUCGAGAAGGCCUCCGAGUCUGUGACCAACACCGUUGACGGUUUCGUCGGAAAGAACACCCCAGACUCCCAAAAGUCCUUCGGUCAAACCGUUGCCGACAACGCAAAGCAAGGUCACGACGAUGCUAAGGACGCCGUGAACAAGAACGAGGCCACCUUUGCCGAGACCGCCUCCGAGUACGUCGAGGCUGCCAAGGAGCAAGUUGCUAACGCUGCUCAAUACGUCUCCAGUGUUGUCACUGGUGCUACUGAGGGUGCUAAGACUGCUUCUGAGGAGAAGAAGUAA